AUGGACUCGCCGCCUCUCUCUUCUUCUCCGGUCGUGCGCCGAUUUGGGGGAUUCGAAGCUCGCCGCCUCUCUCUUCUUCUCCGGUCGUGCGCCGAUUUGGGGGAUUCGAAGCUCGCCGCCUCUCUCUUCUUCUCCGGUCGUGCGCUGAUUUGGGGGAUUCGAAGCUCGCUGCCUCUCUCUUCUUCUCCGGUCGUGUGCCGAUUUGAGAGGAGAGGGGAUUUCUGGUUGUUUCUGGUUGUUGCUGGUGGUGGUGGUGGUGAUUUGGUGGUUGUUGCUGGUGGUGGUGGUGGUGAUUUCUGGUUGUUGUCGCCAGAGGAGGGGGCGCGGCCGCGGCUUGGCGCGGCGAGGAGAGGCGAGAGAUAAGGGAGAGGGAGAGAGGUCGACGGUGAAAGGAGAGAGGGGAG